AUGAAAUUUCCUUAUAAAUUAUCACAUAAACACGAACUCCUGAUUCCUAUACCAAUAGCAUAUAGUUUUUACCUCUAUCGAUAUAGAAGUAAACGAGAUUAUAUUGAUUUUGCAUUAACAUUUUUGUUAACAAAUAUUCUUGGUUUUAUUAUUUAUUACAUUGUACCAGCUGCACCACCAUGGUAUAUUGAAAUCUAUGGAUUUAAUAUGAAUAUGAAAGCAGCUGGCAAUCCAGCUGGUUUUAUACAUUUUGAUAAGAUAACAGGACUAGGCAUAUUUUCAGCGAUGUAUUCCAAAAAUGCAAAUGUUUUUGCUGCUAUACCAUCUUUACAUGCAGCUUACCCUGUUAUAACUGUACUUUAUGGUUCAUUAAGUAAAAAAAUUUGGCUACAUAUAGGAUUUGUUUUAUUUACAUUAAGUGUCUGGUUUUCUGCUGUAUAUUCUCGACAUCAUUAUGUGUUAGAUGUUCUUGUUGGCGGUACAUGUGCAGUAAUAGCUUAUAUACUUUAUCGUCUUAUAUCUCGUAUACCAACAAUAAAUCGAUUACUUGCUGCAUACAGUAAAUUAAUUUAA